GUUUAGAGGCGUUUUAAUUUAUUUGUGUCUUAAAAAAUACAAACGCUGCGUGGGACCGUUGAAGACGCUUCCAGGAGACAAGGACAUGCUACAGUAGAGACUUCGUCACCGACAGACCGCCAUAAUGUCAGGGAACAGCCUGGUUCUACCCAUAGUGCUCUGGGGCCGCACAGCCCCAACGCACUGCAUCAGUAGUUUGUUGGUGAUGGAUGACUUCAGCACCAUCAUCACCGGCUGCCACGAUGGACAGAUCUGUCUGUGGGACAUGACGCCUGAACUAGAGAUCUGUCCCAGGGCCAUGCUGUUUGGUCACACAGCCUCUAUCACCUGUCUGUCGAAAGCCAGUGCUUGCAGUGACAAGCAGUACAUUGUCAGUGCGUCAGAGAGCGGGGAGAUGUGUUUAUGGGACGUGAAUGAUGGACGCUGCAUUGAGUUUACCAAGCUUGCAUGUGCACACACUGGUAUACAGUUUUACCAGUUCUCUAUUGGUACACAGAGGGAGGGCCGUCUACUGUGUAACGGCCACUACCCAGAAAUCCUUGUAGUGGAUGCCACCAGCCUGGAGGUCCUCUAUUCAUUGGUGUCCAAGAUAUCGCCUGACUGGAUCAGCUCCAUGAGUAUUAUACGAUCUCAUCGCACACAGGAAGACACAGUGGUAGCGGUGUCGGUGACUGGGAUACUGAAGGUCUGGAUAAUCACUGCUGAGGUUAGCAGGAUGCAGGACCUCGACCCAGUGUUUGAAGAGGAGUCCAAACCCAUCUACUGUCAGGGCUGUCAGAGCAUCUCCUUCUGUACCUUUACUCAAAGCAGCCUGUUGGUGGUUUGCUCCAAAUACUGGCGGGUGUUCGAUGCAGGUGACUACUCUCUGUUGUGUUCGGUGGCCAUUGAGAACGACCAGGCGUGGACAGGAGGGGAGUUCAUAGCAGCAGACAAAGUGAUCAUCUGGACUGAAGAUGGUUGCAGCUACAUCUACAAACUGCCUGCUAGCUGCCUCCCUGCCAGUGAGCAUUUCCGUAUUGACGUAGGAAAGACCAAGGAGGGCGCCGUCCCUCCUCUUGUCUACAGCAUAGCCGACCGCUCCGACAAACAGCUCCUUAUCUGCCCUCCUGUAACGCGGUUCUUCUUUGGUCGCCGGGAACCUUUCCAUAAACUACUGAUCCAAGGAGACUCGGCCGGGAGACUGUCCCUGUGGAGCAUACCUGACAUGUCACCUCUGCAACCACUGUCUUCUACCGCAGAGCUCCAGGUGUCAUCUACCAUCAGCCUGCAGGAGGCGUUUGAUAAGUUGACCCCUCUGUCUGCAGGGAUCAUUGACCAACUCAGUGUUACAUCAGGGGGAAAUGAACCCAUUAAGGUGACAGCCAGUGUGUACAUCCCCUCCCAGGGCAGGCUGGUGUGUGGGAGAGAAGAUGGCAGCAUCAUCCUGGUCCCCGCUACACAGACUGCAAUAGUGCAACUACUGCAGGGGGAACACAUGCUGAGAAGAGGCUGGCCUCCUCAUCGUACGCUGCGUGGGCACCGGAACAAGGUGACGUGUGUUCUGUACCCGUACCAGAUCUCUCCCCGCUAUGACCAGCGCUCCCUGGUGUCUGGAGGAGUGGACUUCUCCGUCAUCGUCUGGGACAUUUUCACUGGAGAGAUGAAGCACAUCUUCUGUGUCCACGGCGGGGAGAUCACCCAGCUCAUCGUGCCGCCUGAGAACUGUAGUGGCAAUUUACCCAAAUACUCCCACAACUCCUUGGUGGUCCAGGCCAUGAAGACCAACGUCACAGACCCCGAUAUGCACGUCCUGUUCUUCGACGUGGAGGCUGUGAUCAUCCAGCUGCUGACGGAGGAGGCGCAAAGACCGAACCCAACGCUGGUCUCCCCAGAAACUCUUCAGAAGAGCCAGGCCGGGGCCGACAAGGGGGGGUCUUUCCUGGCAAACAAGAUCUUCAAACAGGUCAAAGAGACCAUGAAGGAGACUAUCAAGGAGCACCUCCUGGAUGAGGAUGAAGACGAGGAGGAGGAGAUGAGGAGGCGUGAGGAGAAGUCCAAAUCCCUCAGUCUCCUGGAGUAUAACCUGACGAUGGACACCGCCAAGCUCUUCAUGUCCUGCCUCCACGCCUGGGGCCUCAAUGGAGCCCUGGACGAGGUCUGCCUCAAUCGUCUGGGCAUGCUCAAACCACACUGCCCCAUCUCCUUCGGGCUGAUCUCCAGAGGAGGCCACAUGUCCCUCAUGCUGCCCACAUUUAAGGAGUCUUUGCUGGUUCAGCUGUCCCUGGCUACAGGCAGGAAGUUGAGUCUCUCUGAUAUUGUUGGUAAGGGGACAUAUGGCGUCUCCAGGGCUGUCACCACCCAGCACCUCCUCUCCGUCAUCUCAUUGGCCAACACUCUGAUGGGCAUGACCAACGCCACGUUUGUUGGAGAGCACAUGAAGAAAGCACCGGUCAGGCCUCCCAGACCCGGGACCCCUGAGACUCCAAGGAAGACGUCCGCCACCCCUCCCCAGCCUUCCAACCCGGCUUUACAGGCCCAGAUCAAACAAGGUUGGAGCCAGCUAGCUGCCAUGCACUGUGUGAUGCUACCAGACCUGCUUGGCCUGGACAAGUUUCGACCUCCCCUGCUGGAGAUGUUGGCCAGGAGGUGGCAGGACCGCUGCCUAGAGGUGCGAGAGGCAGCCCAGGCGCUCCUAUUGGCCGAGCUGAGGCGGAUCGGCCAGUCGGGGCGUAAGGACACCAUUGACUUGUGGGCACCCUACCUACCUCAGUAUGUGGACAGUGUCAGCUCUCGCUGCCUAAGCAACCUUCCUCCGAACGCCAAGAAAAUCUCCAACUCCUAUGAAGAGCGUAGAAAGCAAGCCACCGCCAUCGUGUUGCUCGGGGUGAUAGGGGCGGAGUUCGGUGCCGAGAUCGAACCACCCAAAGGUAAGGCCCUGACCUUCCUGCUGCUACAGCCACCCAGCCCCAAGCUGCCGGCACACAGCACCAUCCGGCGUACAGCCAUCGAUCUGAUUGGUCGAGGUUUCACAGUGUGGGAGCCUUAUAUGGACGUGUCAGCGGUGCUGAUGGGACUGCUGGAGCUCUGCGCAGAUGCUGAGAAACAGCUAGCCAAUAUUACCAUGGGUCUGCCACUAAACCCUCCAGCUGACUCUGCUCGGUCAGCCCGUCAUGCCCUCUCUCUCAUUGCCACUGCCCGGCCACCCGCCUUCAUCACGACCAUCGCUAGAGAGGUUCAUCGUUACAACGCGGCUCAGGCCAACUCUCAGUCACAGCAAAACGUUCACACCACCACCCUGGCCAGAGCUAAGACCGAGAUCCUCAGAGUCAUCGACAUCCUCAUUGAAAAGAUGCCUGGCGAUGUUGUUGACCUGCUGGUAGAGGUCAUGGAUAUCAUUAUGUACUGUAUUGAAGGCUCCUUGGUCAAGAAAAAGGGACUGCAGGAGUGCUUCCCUGCUAUCUGCAAGUUCUAUAUGGUGGGGUACUGUGAUCGCAGUCAUCGGAUUGCUGUUGGGGCUCGGCAGGGGUCUGUUGCCCUCUACGACGUCCGUACAGGAAAAUGUCAGAACAUCCAUGGUCAUAAGGGUCCAAUUACAGCCGUGUCCUUUGCCCCUGAUGGACGUUACCUUGCCACAUACUCCAGUGCCGACAGCCACAUCUGCUUUUGGCAGAUGAACACCGGUCUGCUGGGAAGUAUCGGCAUGUUGAACUCAGCUCCCCAGCUGCGUUGCAUUAAGACCUACCAGGUUCCCCCGAUCCAGCCCGCCUCUCCGGGCUCCCAGAACCACCUGAAGCUGGCCUGGCUCGUCUGGACCUCCAACCGUAAUGUCAUCCUGAUGGCUCAUGACGGCAAGGAGCAUCGCUUCAUGGUCUGAGGAGUCACGAGGCCUGAAUGGAUCUUAAUCCAGGUGUAGUCCUGCUGGAACUCCACACCUUAGUUUCCAUCUGGUCCUUGUGGUCUUGCUCUAAGCUCCAUCUGCAGAUUUAAAAUACAUCUUGUUUCACACAA